CAGCUGGAGAAACAAUUGCACUGCGUUGGCUGUGAAUCUGCUCUGCAUGUCAGCAACCCAGCUCUAGUCUACAGAAAAUGUCCCUUUGUGAAUACACCACACAAAAAGAUCUUCGCAUAAGAAGUGUUCCACUCAGCACUUUCAAAUGGAUUAUCUCUUCAGGGGUUUUAUUAUACAUGUGUGUCAUACUGAUUAGUGAGAAACGCUAUCAGAAAAAAGAUUCUAUUAUCAGUUCAGUUCACACAAAGGUGAAAGGAGUUGUGGAUGCUGAUUCCAGGAUCUGGGACUCUGCUGAAUACACAAUGUCAUCUCCAGGUGGGUCCUCAUUUUUUGUUGUAACUAAUAUUAUAAAAACAGAAAAUCAAGCGCAAGGCCUUUGUCCAGAGUUUCCAAGCCCAAAAACAAUUUGCUCCCGUGAUGAUAUCUGCAAAAAAGGUCACGCCGAUCCACAAAGUAAUGGAAUUCAAACUGGGAAAUGUAUUCCGUACAACGCUACAUAUAAAACGUGCGAAAUCAGAGCAUGGUGUCCUGUGGAGUCCAAAAGCACUCCAGAUCCUGCCAUUUUGGGAAGUGCAGAAAACUUGACAGUUUUGAUAAAAAACAACAUUCACUUUGCUGCCUUCAAUUAUACAACGAAAAACAUCCUCCCGGAAUACAAUGUGUCCUGUAUAUUUAACAAAGCGACUGCCCCUCAUUGCCCCAUAUUCCGGUUAGGGGACAUUCUGAAGGAAACAGGGGAGAAUUUUUCUCAGGCUGCUGUUUUGGGAGGUGUUAUGGGCAUUGAAAUCAACUGGAAUUGUGAUCUUGAUCACUGGGUACAUCAUGGCUGCCGUCCAAAAUAUAGUUUCCGACGUUUGGAUGAUAAGGUUGUUGAUGAACGCCUGUAUCCUGGCCUGAAUUUCAGAUUUGCCAGAUACUACAAGAACCAGAAUCAAAAUGAGCUGAGGACUCUGAUAAAGGCUUAUGGGAUACGAUUUGACAUACAAGUCUACGGAACAGGAGGACAGUUCAGUUGGUUUGAGUUGGUGAUAUUCAUUGGCUCCUAUCUUUCUUACUUCGGAUUGGCUACAGUGUUAAUUGAUUUUCUUAUCAGCCAGUACUAUCCUAGUUGUUGCAACUCCAAAUCCGGGCAGAGCUACUAUGAUAAGCAGAAGUAUGAAGAGAUAUGUGGUCCCAAUAUUCUAACGUCAUGUCUGGAGCUGAAGUUUGUGUCUUUUGUGGAUCAAGAUGACAUUAUAAUGGUGGAUCAAAAAUUAUAUAAAAGUUUGCAAACAACACAAGGCCAUCGAAUCCAGAGAGGAAGAUCCACUGACAAUGUAGUAUUAACACAUCAUGAAGAUUCCACAGCCAGUGGACUGGAAGUAUCACCUGUUGCCACAAGAGCAUCUAAUAAACCCGCAGACAGUCCCUUGUGGUGCCGAUGUUUAAGAUGUGUGCCGGAGGAAAUGCUAGAGAACCAACUCUGCUGCAGAUAUGAAAGAGGGGAAUGUAUCACAAACUCUGAGAUGUUUAGGAAAGUAGUCCUGUGCAGAAAUACGCUGGUGUACCUUCUUCAGUAUAAUAGUCCUCUGGUAAAUAAAUGCUCUAUAAGCAGCGAACAGCUCAUAAAAUGUGCAGAAAAACAAUAUAUCCAAUGGCGUUUCGGAUCCAAUAAGGAUAUAAUGGACUUCGCCAAGGUUCCAAGCUGUUGUAAAUAUGGGAUCAGGAGCAUGUCUGACAAUAGUAUUUGUGAAACCUCCUUUCAUGAUGUUAAUGAUCCUCUUAAAGCAUCUCUGCUAAAACAGCAUUAUCGGUGAAGAUUACGCUAACAAAGAAGACACUGUUUUAUAUGGCUUUCAGUUUUGUAUUCAUUCAAUUAAUUCUCUGAUAUAAAAUGUUAAUCCUUCAAAAAAAAUAUUGCAUUUACUAUGUACAGCAGUGUUUAAUCAGAAAGUAUCAUAGUAUACAUAUGUGCACACAACAGUAAUCUUUGCAUUUUUUUUCCAUGGUCCUAAUGCUUAUAAAAUACAAUUCUUUGCUCCUUUGCCAUGGAAGGGACAUUCCAAUGUUUUCCAAGAAUGUCACUAAUAUCCCUUUCAGAAAUGAGACCUGGGAAAUUGCAGCAUUGUAAGUGUAGCACGCUGGCAAAUUCCCGGGUCUGAGCUCCAUGACCUUGUUCAGGAGAACGGUCGACAUACCAAAUUCCCGGGUUGAUGCGCGUUCACAUGCAUAAACCCGGGAUUUUGGUGCAUGUCUGAAAGGGGUUUUCACACUCAUACACACAUAUACAUGUCAUACACGCACAGACACUCUCAUACGCACACAUACAUGUCUUACAGACACACAUCCCUCAUACACGCACAUACAUGUCUAACACGCACACAAACACAUGCAUGUCAUACAUACACACACACAUCACACUCAUAUAUAUCUUAGACCAGCCACCAGACCUCACCACAAUGGGAAGCUCUGUUGUUAGGCUGCACAGGCUGCUUCUACUACACGCUGCAGCAGUACGCCCACCCCCUCCUGGCAAACCCGCCUCCUCCAGGCAGCUCACCCACUCCAGGCAGUCCCAAACGCCAAUCAGAGGCUUCUAGGUGCAACCUGGGAGUAAAUCCUCAUGUCGCACCAUCCAGAUUUAAGCCAGGUUGUCUACCCAGGACGAACGUCCUGGGAAAAACCCUGGCCAAUACCAGGUUGCGCCAACAUGGGAAUGUGUUACCGGGUUGGUGCCUUUCAGAUAUACGUCUGGGUAGUUUGCCCGAGCCCCGGCAAAAACCUGAGAAUCUCGCUAUGUCUGAAAGAGGUAUUAUGCCGCUUUCAGACAUGUGACCCAGGUCUAGCAAGCCGGCAAAUUCCCAGGUCUUAGCUCGGGAGCAGGGUCAUGGACUUGGGACGAUUGUUCCUUUCCGAAAUGCAGAAAUCCCAGGUUGAUGUGCGUUCACAUGCAAAAACACGGGAUUUAGCUGCAUAUUUGUAAGGUGUAUUAUAAUACCUUUCACCAUUGCACAAAUGUAUGAAAUGUUACUCUUUAACCUUUUUUUAUUUUUGCCUUUUUAUA